CACCGCCAAAAAAAUCAUUUCCCCAUCUUUCCCUCCAUCGCUUCCAUGGAGAUCGAAGGCGACGACGGCUCCAAAACCGAGCUCCACCGCGGCUCCGCCACCGUCCUCGGCAGAGGCAACGGUUUCGAAACCUACGACAGAACCGUCUCCCGCCGCCACAUUGAGUUCCGACUCGACGGGGCCAACAGAGGAGGAGAAUACCCCGCGCCCGCAGGAGGUAACCACUCCCAGCCGCUGCCUAGGGUUUCGUUUCUCGUCAUCGGGAAGAACCCUGUCUGUGUGCGAACCGACGGAGAGGAAAAGCUCUUCAAGAAGUCCGAUAGGGGCCAGCUCGUAGCCGGCGAUUGCUUCUGUAUUUCGACCCAACCUCCCGUUUGGUUCAGAUUGAGAACCGUCGGCCGUGCAGAGGCGAGGGACAUAGAAAGCGACGCCGGGUACGGAAAUGAAACUGAAAAGGAAUCGGAAGAUGAAGAAAACUUCGACAUUUCUCUGGUAGAUCCUGUUAAAGAGUUUGGGUUGUUGGUGAUUGGGCGGGAAUUCGAGAGGUACCCUAAGGGGAGGGUUAGAAAUGCCAAGGAGUGGGAUUGGUUCUUGGAUGAGACAGAGGGAGUGAGCGAGGAUGAGAAUGAAGGUGGUCGCAGAGGAAGGAGGAAGAAGAAGAAGAAUGGAAUGGAUGAUGAAUGGAGAGGAGAGAGCGAGGAUGAAGAGAAGGAGAUUGGCGCGGAGACAACAACGAACAGAAGAAAGAAGGAUGGAGGAGGUGGGAAAUACACUACAAGGGCACAGGACAAGAAGAGGAAGAAGGAGAGGGACGGGGAAGAGAAGAAGGUAGGAGGAGGGAAGAAGAGGAAGAUUAGUGAGGUGGAUGAAGAGAAAGAAGAAGAUGAAGAUGAUGAGACAUUGGGUGGAUUCAUUGUCGACGAGGAAGAAUUGGAUGAUGAAGGAGAAGAAGAAAGUGAGGGAGAAGAAGAGGAGUUUAUGGAUGAUGACGAGGAGGAGGAUGAGGAGGAGUAACAUAGCACAAAGGUCUUGAUGAUAGAGGAAAAUGGGAAGAACUUUUCACAAAAGGGGCUUCUAGUUUAUCCAUAUCAAU